GCCGCCCGCGCCGCCGCCGCCGCCGACGCCUCGCCGGAGGCCGUUUGGCGUUUCCCACAAUGUCGUCGCGCCAGCCGAUCCGCCACGGGUGGCUGCUCUGGGCGGCGACGGGGACGACGGCGACGAUGAACGCCUACCGCUACCCGCCGCUGCUGUCGACGGCCGUCGGGUCCUUCGUGUGCCUCAUCUGGAUUUUGUACAACGUGUCGACGCGCAUGCUCAUCUGCAACUUUCUGAGCGGCUGCGUCGACAUCUUCUUCCGCCAGGUCGCGGUCGCCGGCGCGCACAAGCUCAACGCGAGCGACUGCCCGCUCCUCGUCGCGAUCGCGCCGCACAGCAACCAGUUCAUCGACCCCAUGAUCGUGCUCAAGACCUUCGAGCGCAACAUCGGCUUCCUCUGCGCGGCCAAGUCCAUGCGCUUCAAGGGCGGCCCCGCGGACAUCGUCGCGUCGCUCGCGCGCGGCUUAGACUGCGUCCCCGUGGAACGCGCGCAGGACAUCGCCGCGGUCGGCGCCGGGAAGCUCGCGAAGGCCGCGGCGGCGGCCGACGGCGGCGCCGUGCACGUCCACGGCAGCGGCACGGCCUUUGUAAAGCAGGUGAAGCCCGGGGACCAGCUCCUCAUCUCCGCGGGCGCGUGCAAGGGCGCGCUCGCCAAGGUCGCGGACGUCGUCUCCGACGAGUUACUAGUUUGCGCCGCGCCGGCCUUCCGGGGGUCCGACGCGAACCCCGACGCGACGGCGGCGGACGUCAAGGACGCGGCCUUCAAGGUCAUGCCCAAGGUGGACCAGCACGACAUGUACGACGCGAUCUACGACGCGCUGGACGACAACGGCGUCAUCGGCAUCUUCCCCGAGGGCGGCUCCCACGACCGGUCGAGCCUCUUACCGUUGAAGGCGGGCAUCGCCGUGAUGGCGUUGGGCGCCUGCGCGAAGCACGGCGAGGCGCUGCGGUCGCGGCUCCGCAUCGCCGCCGUCGGCCUCAACUACUUCUCGGGCCACAAGUUCCGGAGCCGCGUCUUCGUCGACUACGGCGAGCCCUUCGAGGUGUCGCGGGAUCUCGUGGACCGCUACCUCGGCGGCGACAAGCGCGGCGCCGGCGACGCGCUCAUGGCGGAGAUCCUCACGGCCGUCAAGGCCGUGACGGUGCAGGCGCCGUCGAGUGACAUGGCGGAGAUCUUCUGGAUGCUCCGGCGGCUCUACGUGCCCGACGGGAAGCGGCUGACUUUGGAGGAGAAGGUCGCCCUGACGCGGGGCUUCGCGGCGUCCGUGGAGCGCGACGAGGGCGCGCACCCGGAGGUCCGCGACGUCGUCGUCCGCGUCGAGAAGUACCACGAGACGCUCAAGCACUACAACAUCCACGACCGCCAGGUGCUGCUGGGCGGCGCCGACGACGACGUCGUGGACCGCUUCGACGCCCUGGCGAUUUUGGGGCUGCGCGUGACCAUCCUCUUCGCCUACAGCCUGGCCAUCUUCCCGGGGCUGCUGCUGGCGUCGCCGCUCCUCGUGUUUACGGACGCGAUCUCGAGGCACAAGGCCAAGGUCGCCUUAGCCGGGAGCCGCGUGAAGCUGCGGGGCAACGACGUGCUCGCGACGUGGAAGGUGCUCUGCGGCAUGAUCCUCAUCCCCGCGCUCCACCUCACGUACACGGCCGUCGUCUACGCGCUCUACGGCUUCCCCGAGGCCGUGCUCUACUUCUUCUUCAUGCCCUUCGUGUCCGCGACGUCCAUCUACGCGUCCGAGUCCUUCCUCUCCGUCGCGUCGUCCAUCGGGCCCCUCUACCUCCUCAUCGUCAACCGGUCCACGGGCACGCGGCUCCGGGCGACGCGGAAGCAGCUCCAGGCCGACGUCCGCGAGAUCGCGAACAAGCUCGGCUGGGCCGAGAUCAUCCGCAAGUCCCGCAGCGCCCACGCCGCGCUCUCCGAAUACUCCCCGUGAUGGUGCGCGCGGCGUUGGCUGGAGCCCGAGCUACCCUAGGCGUCGCAGUCGCCCGCGCCGAGCUCGCCGAGGCUCGCGAUGACGUCGCCGUGGGCGUGGGCGAGCUUCGAGAGGUCCUCGUGGGCCGGCGAGAGCGCGGAGAGCGCGCCGCGCCAGAGCGCGUCGCCGGGCGCGUCCGCGAGCGCGAGCGCCUCGGGCGCGUCGGCGCAGGCGCGGAACCAGACGGAGCGGUCGAGCUCGUUGAGGAGCUGGGCCCGCGACCAGCCGCAGUAGCCGCAGAGGAUCUUGUAGUCCUCGAGGCCGCGCCGCUCGAUGGCCUCGCGGACCGCGGCCAAGUCGUGCGUGAACCACGGCGGCGCCGCCGCGCCGUCGCCGGCGAACCCCGGCGCCCGCACGGCCGUGAGCGUCUGCGUCGCGACGUCGCCGCCGACGUAGAGGUCCGCGUCGAGGAUGGCGUCGCCCAGAAGCGCCGCGCCGUGCUCCGUCGCCGCGUCGCGCAGGCCGAGGCCCGCGCGCUUGUUCACGACGACGCCCAUGACGAACUCGCCGUCCGACGAGCCGCCGUUCGACUCCUCCGCGGCGACGAGCACGACGACGGCGCCGUGGAGCGUCGGCUGGCUCAGGCAGGCCAUGGGGUGCGACAGGAGCACGGAGCCGACCAGAGCGUCGUCCGCGGUCGCCUCGCGCAGCGCGACGCCGGCGGACGGCGCGGCAACGGCGGCGUCGCGCCGCGCGAGCGACGACGAGAUCGCCGCGGCCUUGCCGAGGUGGCGCACGGCCGCCAUGCCCAGCUCCGCGGCGUCGAAGCGCCCGGCGUACGUCGCGGCGUCGCGCGCCGCCGCCGUCGCGACGGCCCGCAGCGACCGCGAGCGGUGCGGCGUGUAAAACUCGGAGCCGCCGUUCGCGCGGAAGACGAGAUGGUCCACGGCGUCGUCGGCCGCGCGCGCCUCGUCGCCGGCGGACCGCGCCUCGCGGGGCAGCGGCACGACCUUGCCCUCCGAGCGGCUAAAGUAUUUCUCCGGGCACGCGCUCAGCGAUCCGCGGCGCGACGGCGCUUCGAGCUCGCGCGUGAGGCGCAAGAUGGAUCGGUAGAGGGUCCGCUCCAGCGCCUGCAUGGCCAUGACACGUU